AUGAAUGACAAAUACAAGAGGGAGCUGAGCGAGAAUAAUGAGGAAAUCACUGUGUCAUCUGAAUGUCCAGUGGACAUCAAAGAGUGGAAUAAAGACCAUAAUAAUGAGGAAAUCACUGUGUCAUCUGAAUGUCCAGUGGACAUCAAAGAGUGGAAUAAAGACCAUAAUAAUGAGGAAAUCACUGUGUCAUCUGAAUGUCCAGUGGACAUCAAAGAGUGGAAUAAAGACCAUGUAAGACAAUGGUUGCUCGAGAUAAAAGUGGACAAAGAAGAUGCAGAUAUUUUGUAUAACGAGAAAAUUAAUGGAUCUGGUCUUCUCCACUUGAAGAUGUGUAAUCUCACAGAACUACACCUGUCAAUGAAUGCAAAAGCACUGAUACUUGUCAACGUAGAUAUUUUGAAACAAAAGACUGACAUGGUGACUAAACCUUAUAGCUUAAAGCCUUACCCUUUCAAUAGAUUUAAUGCUGCUCACAGGUACAGAGAAAACAGCAUUCUAGAUGUGACUGAAACUGGUCCUAAAGACUUCAUACAACCAUGCCAUGAAUUCAAAGGAUUCACAAACACAGCAGAAAAGGACAGAAUGAAAAAAUACACGUAUGAAGUAUUUGCAGCAGCUUGUAUGAAUAGUCGCACAAAUGGCACCAUUCAUUUCGGAGUGGCAGACAAACCACAUGGACAAAUUCUGAGCAUUCGUGUUCAGAACACAGAUAUUUUUAAUGUACAACAGUCACAUGCAAUUGAAAAACAUUUCAAAUUGGAAAGGGCCAUUAAAAUAGCAAAGAGGUGUAUAAAACCCCCACGAUUUGUUGAAGUUCUCAAGGCCGACAUGACAUCCACAGGAAAGUGUGUUAUUGAGGUAGACAUCGAGCCAUCCUCCAUAGUCUGUCAAGAAUUUUACUUUAAGACUUAUAAGGUAGAUAAAAAUGAAUAUGAGAUGCAAGAGCCCACAACUGCAGAAAGGAAGAAAUCAUCUUUUUUCAUACGAGAGGACAGCAGCAGCAAGGAUAUUAUUACAUCUGAUUCCUUGAAGGAAUAUGAGAAAUAUAUCAAAGACAUGCCACAGUUGUCCAAGCUGAGGAAGGACGCUGAAGAAAAGCAUCUAGCUGUUGUCAAAAACAGUGUGCAAGGCUCUAAACUGUGUGAGAUGGUAACAGGAGGGACGCAAUCUUUGGACAGGUCACACUUUGCAUGGUACAUUGUAGUGGCUAACAAGUCCCAUCCUGUUCAGUUGGAAAACCUGCGGUUCCUUCUUCACAUGGAUCUGGUGGCUGUUUUGGAUUUUGACCCCGAAUCUACUGAGAAUGGCUUGAAAAAGCAGUUUGAAGAGAGAAAAACCAAUGUUCACUUACCAGCUCAAUAUAAAAUUACAGGUGCAGUUGAAGACAUAGCAAGCAAGUUAAAGCUGACCAGAAAUACAAGUUGGGUUUUCUGUAAUGGAGGUAUUAAUGAGGAAAACCCCUCUGAUUCUGACAAAUGGUCGAUUGAGAAGGGAUCUUCAGUGCGUGAUGUAGUUUCUUUCCUGUGCCGAAAAGAUGUGCUGCCUCACAAGAAAUUUCUCACCAUUUUCUUGCUGUUAAGUCAGGUGAGCAAUGGAAAAGACCCUUUGCUUGAGACCUUCAAUAUGUUUUUACAAGAGCUCAAGGGAGGAAACCAAAUCUUAUGCAUCAGUGACAAUGAAACAUCAUACACCUACUGGAAGGAUCUCAUUGAGGGCCGAUAUGGAGUUGACAUCUCAACAAGAUGCAUUUAUGAGCUGAGUUUUGUUGAGGUCAAUGGCUCUGUGCUUAGUCUGUGGUCAGAGAAUCGCAAAUCAAGCCGCUUUGUGCCUUGUGGUGGUGGCAGUAACGUUGUGCUCUCAAAGAAAACGGAGGACUCCUUAGAAACGCUAAGUAUUCUUUGUGUGAACCAAUGUGAUGGAGGAAAUGAGGACAAACGAAAACAUGAGGAGAUAUUUUACAAGGGAGGGAAGGUGUCUUGGUGGAACUUCUACUUCUCAGAACAGCCCGGAUCAAUGCCAUUCAUCAAACGAGACAAAUUCAGCUAUAUUGUCAAUACUAUUAUUCCAGACAUAUGCAGUCGGAAGAGAGUGUGUGAGUUUUUUAGCAUCUUCCAUCUUCCAGGCUGUGGUGGCACUACACUAGCCAUGCAUGUUUUAUGGACACUCAAGGAUAAAUUUCGUUGUGCAGUGCUGAAGGACACAACAGAUGAUAAUACUACCAUAGCUGAACACGUAGUGCAGCUUUUAACGUAUGAGACAAAAGAGAAACCUACACAACUUCCCGUUUUGCUCAUGAUCGAUGAUUUCCAAGACAGUUCUGAUGUAAAAAAACUCCAACUUCAGAUUGAGGAGGAAUGUUUGAAGCAAAACAUUUUUUCAAAGUCUCCACAGGUCAUAAUUGUCAACUGCAUGAGAGCUGAAUCCAGUGAACAGACUGAUGAUGCCGUUUUCAUUGGAAACAAUUUAUCUGAGAAGGAACAGGAACUGUUUGAGGAAAAGCUAAAGGAGUUUAAGAGGACCAACACAAACACUAAAACAUUUUAUGGCUUCAUGAUUCUGAAGAAUAACUUUUCACCUAAGUAUAUUCAGGGCAUUGUAAAAAAUACCCUAAAGGGUUUCAACUUCCAAGACAAACAUGCUCAACUUUUUGCUGUUCUCGUCCUCUUGCAUGUCUACUGCAAGAAAGCAUUACUGUCAGUCUCUACAUGUGAAGAGUUCCUUGGUCUGCAAACAAAAGCAGAUUUUGAACCCUGCAAGGUCGAAGAUGGAUUUGAGCGGUUUUCCACUCUUUUGACAAGAUGCACAGUUCAUCCCAAAAUUAGCUUUGAGUGUGUGACGGUGAUUCACUACAGAAUAGCUCAACACUGUUUGAAAGAACUUUCAACAUUGUCGUCCAAAGUAACAAAGGCAGAAAUCACUAACCUUCUGCUCACAACAGACUUAUUUCAUGAGUAUGCUCUGGGAAAACAAAAAUUAAUGCAGGAUGUUCACAACAUGCUGGUGAGGAGGCAGUAUUCGGCUGAGGCUGAAGACUCACUUUUUUCUCCUCUUAUCCAAGAUAUAAUGAAGGAGACGCCAGGGAUGGAAGAAAUCAUUCUACAGAAUGCAACAAAGUGCUACAGAAAAGAUGCGGUAAUAUUCCAGCUCCUCGCCAGGUACUAUUACAUCAAAAAAGCGGACUUUACCACAGCCAUGAAAUGGGCAAAGAAGGCCAAAGGUCUUUCAAAAGACAACUCAUACAUAUGUGAUACAGUGUCACAGGUACUUGUACGUGAGCUCAAGCAUGAGGUUCACAAAGACAAAGAUGACCCCAUCAAGCCAGACAGUCUUGAAAAGUAUCUUACAUUGGCUAAGUCUGCAGGAGAAGCUUGCCAAGAAACCCAACAAACUGCAAACAAAGAGGCAAUGACUCGAUCGCAAAGACUAAAGGAUUAUAAUACCUACAACACCGCUGGCCAUCUUGGUGAACUUCAAACUGCAGCUAUUGUCAUACAAAUACUGCAAAAGACACCACUGUUUAACUGCCUUGGUCAAGUCCUGUCGGGUAAAAUUACCUUUGAAGAUUUGUUAAGGAUGAACGAUGAACUCCAGCAAUAUUACCAAGUACUGCAGAAGCAUAAGAGCUAUAUUCUUCAACUAAAGGGCACAAUGAAGAAUCAUUUUUAUUUUCUUGAUAAUUUUUUUGUUAAUUUAGUACCCUUUUUUGCAGAGAAAGACAAACAAAAAGAGCUGACAAAGCCCAAGGUUUCCAGGUACUUUCAACAGUAUACUGACCUCUUUUGUAAAAUAAAUUGGAGUGAGCUGGUCAACAAUGAGCACAUGAACCGCAUGGUUAAAAUUGAGCAGACGCGCCAAUGUCUGGAGAGGAACAAGGGUGAUUCCUAUACCGGCCUUCUGGAAUAUUUAUAUAAGGGAGAUUCGGCAUCAACUCUUGAAGAGAUCAUACAGCAGUAUGAUUUCAUUCGGAAGUGGAAAGAGGCCAGACCGAUGGACACCGUCAACUUCACCUAUGCCAAUGUAAUUCUGGCCAACAUUAACCCUGAAUCUCAGUAUAUCAUGCCCUACCAAGACCUUCGCAACUUACUACUUAAAAUAAUCGACCACCCCACACCCUUCAGUGAGAUCCUGCCAUUGCACUACAUCACAAUUUUAUUGUUACGGAAAGAGGAGGACUGUACAUUACCACCUUUUGUGUCACAAAUGAAGCGGUCAUAUUUAAAAGACCUGAGACCUGUGUCUAAUGGAAAGAGAGCAGCUGUCCAUUUUUACUUAGGGAAGGACAAAGGUUACGGUGGCCUGAUUUCUCACAGGGAUAUAAACAGCUGUUUAGGAUCUGAGCAGAAUAUCUCAACUAAAUGGGAUGAUGAAAAAAUGUGGAAGCGAGUGAGAGACUGUGAGAAACUUUACAGAGUUUCUGGUCAAAUUAGUGAUGGUUUGAUCAGUGCUGCAGAUGUGAAGGUCUAUCCGAUGUUCAGAAGCCAGUUACCUAAAGAAUCUGGCAAAAGAGUGUCAUUCUUCAUCGGAUUCUCAAUGAAUGGACCAGUUGCGCUUGACAUAGACUUUGAGUCAUAG